AUGGACGGACUUACGGCCGCUGAACAGCGCGAGUUCGCUUCUCGCAUGGAGCGAAAGCAGAUGAAGGAGUUUAUGACUAUGUACUCCAAACUCGUCCAGCGAUGCUUCGAUGACUGCGUCAACGACUUCACCACCAAGUCCCUCAUUUCCCGCGAAGAGAGCUGCACCAUGCGCUGCGUGGACAAGUUCCUCAAGGGAUCCGCCCGUCUGAACGAACGCUUCCAGGAACAGAACGCUGCCAUGAUGCAGAGCGGACAGUUGCCGGGACGUUAA